CCGGUCCCGGAAGAAGAGAGUGGGCGCAGCUCAGAUGAAACUGUUCGUGUGCUGGAUACUUGGCUACCUGCUCUGCCUGGCCGGGCUGAGGAAGAUGUGGAGUGGCCGGUACCUGAGGAGUCACCUCAGCAGAUCCCUUUAUAUGAAUAUGAUGAGCCACAACCAGGUCCCGUAUUGGGAUGGGAAUCAGCAGUGGUACCUAUGCGACACAGAAAAAUUAAGUGAUUGCCUCCGGCCCGUUUUCAUCCAAAGUUACUUAGACCAUGGAACCCAGACAUUCCUGAACAGAAGUAUUGAGAAAUCUGGCUGGCUUUCCAUUCAGCUCUAUCAUUCCUUCAUGUCCUCUGUGUUCAGCAUGUUUAUGUCCAGAACAUCAAUCAAUGGGUUGCUUGGAAGAGGGUCAAUGUUUGUGUUUUCACCAGAACAGUUCCAAAGUCUUCUCAAAAUUGGCCCCGAGUGGAAAUCACAUCGCUUGUUGGACUUAGGUGCAGGGGAUGGAGAAGUGACUAAAGUAAUGAGCCCUCAUUUUGAAGAGAUCUAUGUUACAGAAAUGUCUCAGACUAUGAUAUGGCAACUACAAAAAAAAAAGUACAGAGUGCUUAAUAUUGAUGAAUGGCAAAGGACAGGAUUCCAGUACGACGUUAUAAGCUGCUUAAACCUCCUAGAUCGGUGUCAUCAGCCAGUGACACUACUAAAAGAGAUGAGAAGUGUUUUGGAGCCAACAAGAGGGAGGGUUGUGCUGGCACUAGUAUUGCCAUUUCACCCCUACGUAGAAAAUGGUGGGAAGUGGGAGAAGCCUGCGGAAGUCAUGGAGGUCAACGGAACAGUUUGGGAGGAGCAGGUAAACAGCCUCGCCAAUGUCUUCCAUGAAGCAGGCUUUGCAGUGGAGGCUGUCUCCCGACUCCCGUAUUUAUGUGAAGGAGACAUGUACAAUGACUACUACGUAUUGGACGAUGUCGUCUUUGUUCUUCGGCCAAUAUAGAAGAGCGAGGGAAACGGGAUCAACUGAGAGCAGCUGAUGCACUUGGACGAAGAGCCACCAAGGAAACCGUUCUCUCUCUCUCUCUCUCUCAGCAAGUCAAAUCCAGUUACUCAUAGGCCAAAAUUGUAUGUACUUCCCGCAGGACUUGGUUUGGACACAUAAAUCUAUAUGUGUGCGUGUUUGUGUGAAAUCUUACCCGGGAAAGGGGGGGGGGGACUUUUUAACCAACAGUGCUAUCUUUUUCAGCAGUAAAGAACUUUAAUGCUGCCAACGCCAUCGUGCUGCCAGCCCGCCCUGUCAUUAUUUGCACGGGGGAAGAAGUGAGGACUUUUCUGAUAAAGUGCUGAUCCUGGCAAUAAAGCUUGUCAUAUUUAAUCAACUGUGAAAUAUAUGUGUUCUUCCAUGUGAUUUAAUAGUCUCGUUUGCCAUUUUUAAAGCACAUCCUUUUUUUUACCAUGCCAAUAAAAACUGUAUGAAAUGUAA